CACAUGCUUUAUGGUGUCACUCGGUCAUUCGCCUUAGUCGCACGCACUGUUGCACCGUCUCAAAAUUUCUACUUUAGUAAUUCCCCAUUUUAAAACAGUAUGGUUUCCCUUUGUAUCUGUUUCCCUGGUGGGACCUUUGUCACCACGAGGCACGGAGUGAAACAGUUGGAUGAGUUGCUCCAGGGGGAAGAAGUACUAACGCUGACUAAACAGAGUCAGAAAUGGACACAAUUUUAUACCUGGGGUCACAUUCAGAGGGAUCUUAUUGCAGAGUUUGUUCAGGUUAAAGUCAAGGGGGGAAAAGAGUUGCAAAUUUCUGAAGAACAUUUACUCUUUGUGGAGGGGAAGAAUGGAAAAAGGGUGGCAAAAAACGCUGGACGAGUUGUGAUAGGGGAUAAACUGUACUAUUUCGAUGAAGAUUCUCAAUGCACAGAACUUUUAGCAGUUGAAGAAAUCGGCAAGGUCCAAGCCAAAGGCGUAUAUGCUCCCUUCACCAUGAACGGCGAUUUUCUAGCAAACCGAUUCGCAGUUUCUUGUUAUGCCAAUGUGUCAAAUUGCAAAGUUGCACAUGCAGCACUUUCUCCAUUAAGGACGUGGUACAAAGUUAGACCGGAGAAAGAGGACUUAUUGAGCAAGGAAGGAAUUCAUUCAUACGCUGAAAAGCUUAUGAAAUUUCGGGAAUUGAUAACAACUUCACCAUUUGCAAGGAAAGUAGUUACUAAUAAAUAACAAAUUUGUUAAUUGUUACGCCAUUUUAAGUUACUUUGUGUGUAACGAGCAAAAUGUUCCGGGCAGAUUUUUUAAUUGAAACAAUUACUAUAUUGAGUAUUAUACAUGAAUAUCUACUUUUUGUACGCCACCUUCUUAGGUUUUAGACUUAUUAUUGUCUUUAUUAAAGCUUUUUUAAUAAAUAUUUAUUACGACUAAAA